AUGGAUUAUUCAAACUCGAACUCCUAUUACAGCCAGUCGACAUUCGACAAUCCCUACCACAAACCAUAUGCUGGUCCAUCUUAUCCUGCUGCUGGAUCCUCUUCCAACCAUAGUGCUCCAGUUCCUGCCAACGCUUACGAAUAUGAUGUUGGUAUCUUGGCUCAACAAAGUGUCUAUGUUCCGGGGGCGAUGAUUGACAAACGAGGUGGCUCGGGUGGCAAACUAGCCAAAGGUGGCAAACGAACCACUGUUUUGCGAAAGGGAGGAGGCAAGGUGUGGGAAGAUCAGACGUUGCUGGAGUGGAAUCCAUCUUGGUUCAGACUCUUUGUCGGCGAUCUCAGCAACGACGUCUCGGAUGAUGUUUUGUCCAAUGCUUUCAAUAAGUAUACCUCAUUUCAGAAAGCGCGAGUCAUCCGUGAUAGAUUGAGCCAGAAGGCCAAGUACGGUUUUAUUGCGUUCUCUGAUCCUGAAGAUUUUUUGAAGGCUUGGAAGGAGAUGGACGGCAAAUACGUGGGUAACCGACCUGUUAAACUUCGAAAGGCCGAUGAUGCUGCUAUUCGUCCCGUAGAGAUUGGUCAUCGCAAGGCUCGUCAACUCGAGAAAGAUUUGAAGAAGAACCGACACAGGCCCUAUUGA